UGUCAUCUUGUAGUUUGUACUUCCGGAAGGUGGGGCUUUUUGUUGCAGGAGCGGGUUUGCUUUUUGGAGAACCAGAGAGCUCUGAAAUGCUCCAUUAACUAAUGCAGUCAUCAAGAUAACACCAACCGAGGGCAGAAACACAACAUCCUGCUUCUGGUUGUGUCAGAGAGGUGCAGAGGAAGUGUGUGCGUGCGUGGGUGUGAGUGUGUGUGUGAGUGUGUGAAAGAGACACAAAGAAGAAUCCAGUGAUGGCGACCAGCAAAAGUAAAAACCAGAGCUCUCUGGCACUGCACAAGGUGAUAAUGGUGGGAAGUGGAGGCGUGGGGAAGUCGGCCCUCACCCUGCAGUUCAUGUAUGAUGAGUUUGUGGAGGACUACGAGCCCACCAAGGCAGACAGCUACAGGAAGAAGGUGGUUCUGGACGGGGAGGAGGUCCAGAUCGACAUUCUGGACACGGCCGGCCAGGAGGAUUACGCUGCCAUCAGGGACAACUACUUUCGCAGCGGGGAGGGCUUCCUGCUGGUCUUCUCCAUCACAGAGCAGGAGUCCUUCUCUGCCACGGUGGAGUUCAGGGAGCAGAUCUUGCGGGUGAAGGCGGAGGAGGACAAGAUCCCUCUCCUCGUGGUAGGGAACAAGUCGGACCUUGAGGAGCGUCGGCAGGUAUCUGUGGACGAGGCCCGAGGGAAGGCCGAGGAGUGGGGCGUCCAGUAUGUCGAGACGUCAGCCAAAACCAGAGCCAACGUCGACAAGGUGUUCUUUGACCUAAUGCGUGAAGUACGAGGCAAGAAAAUGGCAGAAAACAAAGACAAAAACGGGAAAGGAAAAAACAAGAAGAACAAAAAGAGCUUCAAAGAAAGAUGCUGUUUACUUUGAGAUCUUCAUGGACCUUAAAACAACCCACAAUACAACUGUAAAGUUGGGGAACAAAGCAGAGCGUCCUUGCCAUUGUCAUUCAAAUGAAAUUUGAUCUUUUUUAAUAGUGUAGUGUUUAGUAUCUCAACCACUCUUUUUAGUUUUUAAUGAAUGAAUGAAUGAAAGUUGCUGUUUCAUUGGAAGAUAACCACUGUUGUGACUGUGACUCGGACUGCAGUGCUUGAUGGCUCAUAGGAAGCCAGUGACCAAACUGCCACUGACACUAACUCUGCUGCUCAGACAUCCUCCACUGUUCAACUCAGCGAUCAUACUGCCUUUGACUUUGGUUCAGUGUGUUUUACACCACAAUUGUUGAGUCUUUGUCAAGUAAACAGUGCUCUUAAUUUCUUUACCUGCUCUUAAUCUUAACCUGCAUCAUUCUUAGUCUAUGUUAGUAUAGACCCCUCAACUCUAUGUUCAUCCAUUUACAAGGAACUCUAAUGCU